CGGCUCCACGCUGAGACGAGGACCCUAGAAAACAUAUAAUAAGAACAAUUAUGUGACAGAAGAUGGGGGAUUGGAACUUAUUAGGGAGUAUUUUAGAAGAGGUCCACAUCCACUCCACCAUCGUGGGAAAGAUCUGGCUCACCAUCCUCUUCAUUUUCCGCAUGCUCGUGCUCGGCGUGGCGGCCGAGGACGUGUGGGACGACGAGCAGAGCGAGUUCGUCUGCAACACGGAGCAGCCCGGCUGCAAGAACGUCUGCUACGACCAGGCUUUCCCCAUCUCCCUCAUCCGCUACUGGGUGCUGCAGGUCAUCUUCGUGUCCUCCCCGUCCCUGGUCUACAUGGGGCACGCGUUGUACCGGCUGAGGACCCUCGAGAAGGAGAGGCACAGGAAGAAAGCCUCCCUGAAAGCCGAGCUGGAGGGGACCGACCCCGUCCAGGAGGACCACAAGAGGAUCGAGCGGGAGCUCAGGAAGCUGGACGAGCAGAAGAAAGUGAGGAAAGCCCCCCUCAGGGGCUCCUUGCUGCGCACCUACGUGUUCCAUAUCUUAACCAGGUCUGUGGUGGAGGUGGGUUUCAUCAUAGGCCAGUGCGCCCUGUACGGCAUUGGACUGUCUCCUCUGUACAAAUGCGAGAGGCUGCCCUGCCCCAACAGCGUGGAUUGCUUUGUGUCACGGCCGACCGAGAAGAACAUCUUCAUGGUUUUCAUGCUGGUCAUUGCCGGAGUCUCUUUGUUCCUCAACCUCCUGGAGAUCUUCCACCUGGGGGUGAAGCAGAUCAAGCAGAGCUUGUACGGAUACGGAUACAAAUAUGGAGACGACGACAGCGUGUACAGGUCAAAGAAAAACUCCAUGGCGCAGCAGGUCAGCGUUCUCACCAACUCCUCGCCGCAGAGGUUGAUGCAGCUCACGCAGAUGACCUGCCCCUUCGCGUCGGAUGCUCACAGGGAGCUUUUGGAUCUGGCCCUCGCGGCCCCCCAGAACAAGGAGGGCUCCGGCGGCUCCUACCAGCAACCGGCGAGCCAAGCCUACGGCCAGGGUCGGCCGGACAACCGGAAGCCCUCGUGCAGCAGCGACGAGUCGAACGGACCUCACGCCCCGGGCCGGCCGCAGUACGCGGGGCCCCGGCCCACGCUGAUGGGCGGCCACAUGGAGAUCCCGGCCGCCCUGAGGAUCCCGCAGAGGAAGCAGAGCAGGGUGAGCGUUUGCAAGGAGCUCAGCGACAUGAGCGAUUCUCCGGAGAGCGACUACCACCCGACGGCCAGGAAGUGCAGCUUCAUGUCCCGGGAGCUGUCGGAGAGCAAGCUGACCUCCACGUCCGACAGCGGAGGCUCUCGGAGCGGAGCGGACGUCGAGGCCCAGCACUCCCAGGGGGAGAGUCCAGCGGAGACCCCGCCGCCUUCGUCAGGCGGGAGGAGGAUGUCCAUGAGCAUGCUUCUGGAGCUGUCCUCCAUCAUGAAGAAAUAA